GAGUUUUAUGGUCAACUCCAGAUGCCGGCGCUCUUAUUACACACUUCCAUUGUCCCAGCAAGUGCUGGGAUUGGCUGCAGAGUGUGGGAACCUCCAGAGAGGGAACACUUCACACUCUGUUAUGCAGAUAGAGAGGUAUAAAGGGAGGCUUGCCUAUUAGCACUCAGACACACGCUGCCUGCCUGACCACAGCCAAGGACUUAUACUGGGACCUCACUGCCAGCAUGGCUCCUAUUAGUAACAGGAUGGAGGAUACUGAGAGCCACAUGGGAAAAGACAUGAGGAAGCUGAGGAAGCCGGUUAUUGAGAAAAUGAGGAGAGAUCGUAUUAACAGCAGCAUUGAGCAGCUCCGGAUGUUAUUGGAGAAGGAGUUUCAGAAACAGCAGCUCCCGUCCAAACCUGAGAAGGCCGACAUCCUGGAGAUGACAGUGAACCUGCUGAGGCAGCAGCUGCACCGAGUCACCAAAGCGGUGACACCAUACAACCAAGCCUUUCCGACGCCUGCGAAGCAGGCAGAGUUUUUCCCCAGCAGUAAACAUGUGGCCACAGAGACAGGUCUAUGCAAUGACCCCCAGAAAUGCAGGUCGACAAAGGAAAAUGUUCGUCAUCCUCUGGCCACUUUCAACCAAGGAAUUAUUAAGCAGGUAGCCCAGCCGUGCGGUUCCUCGGACCUGUGGAGGCCAUGGUGAUGGCAAGGUACCGGUGUGUGUCACACCAAGAACGAACUCAAUAUACAGAAUGCAAAAGAAACAUAAAACAUUCUCAUGUGGUGUUUUCCAAGCACACAACGCAAAUGGAAUUUUUGUCAGUCAGAGUUUAAUAUAUUUAUAGUGUGGUACUUUAUUUUACAAUUCCUGCCAUACAAAUCUUUUUAAAGCGAUGCAUUAUGCACACACAAAUACUUGUUUUAUAUGUUGACGAUGCCUUAAAAUGCAUUGAGCGACCAAGAAAAUGUAUAUAAUGUUUAGGCCGCACAGGGGCUAGCUAAAUGUAACUGCACAGUGGAAGUAAACGUGCUGGAACCCAUGGCAUGCAGUUAGAUUGUAUCUGGAAAGUUUGUAACAUAGAUUUGAAAUUAUAGGUUAAACCCUGAUUGGUCACAUUGUAUCAUUAGCGUAAAUAAGUUCCAUAGUUUAACAUUAUAGCUAUUCCCUAAUGUUCUGACUUUAUUUUGUUAAAUCUAAUGUUAAGCUGAAAAACAGGAUUAGGCUCUUAGGCUUCUGCCUAGAGGCAGACAUGUGAAGAAUGGGUUUAUCCUUUGUAUGUGUGUUCAGUAAAUAGAAGACAUUUAUAUUCAGAAGAGAUUUCCCUUCCAUGAAGGGCAGAAGUCCCAAUCUCUUAUCUGUACCAUUUACUGUGUGUUUUAUCCAUUUGCAACAGGAAAUCUUGUCAAUUGUGCUGAAAUGGAGUGUUCUUUUCUAUGAAAAGUAUAUUAUUUUUAUUGAAGUUUUUUUUUGCUUAUU